UCUUAUCGCUUGGCUCUAAUUUCUGGAACGUCUGCAAUCAGUUUCCCGUUCGGCAGUCUUGCUCUUGUCCAAAAUGAAAGGGCUAAUAAUUUUUGGAUACUUUUUCAUCUCGCUCAUUUGCCAUGUCUCACCAACUACCCAAUGUCUUUUUGGCGAUAUCAGCCAAUGUCAGCGCGUCAAGGAUGAAGCGAAAGGGGUGUGCGAUUGCCCAUGUCUACCCAAAUGUUGUCCUCCCCAAUAUGUCCUGAUAUCAUCCGACAAGAAAGGCCAUCAUGGAUGGGAGUGUCAAUAUUGGGAUGGAGAUAUUCCGUUCGGCUUGCCCGAUGUUCAGUUCACCGGAAGGCUAAACAAUCAAUCAUUGAAUAUUAAGCCCAGAUUUUUCCACUCAGUGUUUCCGUCCUGCAAGGGAUUUGAAUCGGACGAUUGGGUGUUCUCCGUCCACAAUGUCGAGAACGUUCAUUUGAAUGCGGAUUACCAAAGUGAAUAUACACUCUUUAUCAAUGAAUUCGACGGCCCGGAAAAUCAAACUAUGCACGAGAGAAAGGUGAUAUCGAACAACGAAAACGCAGUGGACAAAACUCGACAUGAAACCCUUCAUCGAUACCAUGAUGCUGUAGUGGGAUCAAAACCCUUAAUGUACUUUUGUUUCGACACUCUGAUCGAAAAUGACGGUCCAACUAUCCCGGAGCAAUCCUCUAAAGAAACAAAAAACAGAUCCGUAGCUCUUACCUGUCCUCGGGUUCCAUUCGCUGAAAAUGCCACAAUCUACAAAUGCUGCCCUAUGGGGCAAUCCUUUGAUUCCACCAUGAAAUGCAGUGAAAAUGUUCACGAUUCUCACAAUUGGCACUUGCCUAUCAAUGGGCAUCUAUACCAUGAGAAAGAGCUGGUCCGUUUAAAUGUGCUUAAAUACAACUCGGAAAAGACUUAUGCGGUUCAUAGUGCUGCCACGAGGCAAUGUCUAUCUAAAGAAAGUUAUAAACAGUUCAAUGAUACGGAUGAUUUCCACAUUGGACCUGAUGGCAAGCUUCACUUUACGGAUGCUCAUGAUACCAUGCCUCAGCUUCAAGAGUACUGUAUUGACCAGUAUGGAAAAUCAGUAGCUCCAACCAACCUUAGACCUUCAUAUGAAGAGGUUGGUGAUUAUGGCAAUUAUAGCUACUAUGAUACAGCUGCAUAUGACUAUGGGGAUGACUAUGGGGAUGCCAGUGAAAUGGAUGAAACCGCUGCAAUGCUUCACGAAAUGAGUAACCAUGAUUGUCAUUCUAAAGAGGAUAAACCCUGGAAUAUGGACAUCAUGUAUUGUGCCAGCACGAUUUUGCAAAUACGAAAAUGUUGCCCCAACGACACCAUUCUCAAUCUAAGAUCUCGAGCUUGUACUAACGAGCAGAAUUCAUCAUGGAAUAUGCCACCGAUUUAUAAGCGGGAUCUUAGUAUUCUCAAUGCCAAUGGAGCGUCCUCAAAACGAUUAAACCUUUUCCCAUCGGCCAUUUUCAACAUGAACACAAAGAACUUAUUUGUCACUGGGACUGACGAUUUUAAAAUCAUGGUGGACGGAACAUUGAGAUUCCAAGGAAAAGUUUAUUCGUCCAACCAAUAUUGUUUGGAUAACUCGAUCAACUAUUGCGAACGAGGCGUGGUCGCUACUCUUCGUGCAAUCGUAGAUGACGAGGAACUCAACCGUCAGGGAGCCGGCGCCAUCUUUGGCACCAAUAAAGAGGACUCAGAAACCUCGCUAUACAUCAAGAGAGUUGGGUAUCCGAUUAGCAUUAUUUGCCUUUUGAUCACGUUGGUGAUAUUUGUCGUGGUACCAGAAUUGAGGAAGGAUCUCUAUGGAAAAAUGGUGAUCAGCAUUGUGACCAGUCAAACGAUCGUGUUCAUUUGUCUGUUAGUUGGAACAUUUCCGUCGGUUUCGGUGUCUCGGAUCAAUGGUCCAUGCAUUACUCAGGCCAUUCUGACGUACUUUUUCAUUCUUUGUGGAUUCAUGUGGAUGGGGGCCAUGAGUUAUAACAUCAUGACCAAAUUCAGGGCCAACACCAUCCUUCCCAAAGAGGCGGAUUACCAACGGUUCAUCACAUAUUCAGCCUUUUGCUUCGGUGCUCCAUUGCUCAUGGCUACAUUGGUUCUUGCUUUGGAUCGAAAUAUCUUCAAUUUGGAUUCGGACGCAAGCAAUUGGAGACCGGGCUUUGGAGAAGAGUCUUGCUGGUUCACGAGUUGUUCUAAUGCCUUAACGUAUUUCCUCUAUAUACCAAUCACGGGGAUGCUACUGACAAACGUAAGCUUUUUCACAUAUGCGGCCGUCAAACUGGGGGGCAUGCAACGGCGCAUUCGCGAGGCCAGACCCGAAUCCAAACGCGGAUCAGAUCAUGAAAAUCCUAAUCGACGAAAGUUUGCCAAACAGGUCUCAAUCCUUUCCAACAAGUCGGUGGGAUCCAAGAACAAGGCUAAGCUCAAGGCCAACCGUGAUAGGCUUAUCACCUACUUGAAGCUCUUUGUGGCUAUGGGUCUGACUUGGGUUUUUGAGAUCCUGGCUUGGGUGUUAUCGGAGAAAAGCGUCCAAGCCCCUCAACCAAUCAUCAUUUGUUUGAAUAUGGUUAACAUUUGUCAAGGGAUUGUCAUGUUUCACGUGUUUGCUUUAAAGGACACCACAAGACAAAAAAUUUCGGAUAUAUUCUCAUCUCGAGGUCACAGAUUUACGGGCUUUCGUCCCGGGGACAAUGAUCAUCGAGUGAAUAGUGUGUCACGAAAUACCCGAUCCUCAUCCUCACUGACUCAUCAGACAUCCUGCUCGUUUGACAAAUCGUCAGAUGAUGGGAUGGACCUCCCUUUGCAAGUCAGUUCCAAUCCCAAUCCUGGUGGAGGCUCGUUUCAAGACCAGGAUUUGACCAUGGUAGAUUUGAGUGACUGAUUUAUUUUCAUUAUAAUGGGUUGGCCGUGACGGGAUCCAACGCGUAAUGUAACAAAAUUGGAAUAGAUAAUGGUAAAUGUACAGUAUGCAAUAACAAGCACGGUCAAGGUUGGCCAAACUGAAGUACA